AUGGCGUCUGAAAAAAAGAAGUGUGUGAACGUCCUGUUGUUAAACUGUGAUAAUUUGGUUGACCUGGAUGUCGUCAAGCGUAAACUGUUCGACCAUGAUGUGUUCAAUGUCAAGUCUGAAUACUUUGGUCUUGGUGACAUGAAGAGAAAAAGUGAAGAAUUAAAAGCACGAAGUGAUAUAGACAUGGGAGUUUUUGUUGUUCAUGCAAAUGAGUCUCGUCUGUCAAUCAAUGAGUCUGAUGCAGGUAUUGGUUAUGCGGCAGUGUACAAUGCACUCCUGGAUGUAACAGGUCAAAAAGUGAUAGUUGUCAUUGGGCAUGAUAACAACUCUACUGAUCAGAAACGAUUGAUAUCUAAAUGGGCAUAUCGUAAAAUUGCAUCACAGUUCGACACAGAAUACUUGGAAGGUCCAACUAGCUAUGUGUUCUCUUGGCAAGAUGCACCACAUGAAUAUCAUGUGAUGGCAGUGCUUGAUUACCUGAAAAAGAAUUUUCCAGACACAGAUUUCAGUGGAUAUGACAAAAAACUUACAAAACUGCGAAAGCCAACCACCCAACCAAGGACCGAUUCCGUUGAUAUAUCUGAUCAAUCUGCUGACGUGAAACCCUCGCAUGAUCUUCAAACAAUAUCAUAUCAACCAGUCACUGAUGUAACUAAACACAAAGCACAUGAUGUCGGUAAAUCCGAAAAACCGCAAAAAAAACUGCCUAAGCCAACCACCCAAACAUGGACCGAUUCCGUUGAUAUAUCUGAUCAAUCUGCUGACGUGAAACCCUCGCAUGAUCUUCAAACAAUAUCAUAUCAACCAGUCACUGAUGCAACUAAACCCAAAGCACAUGAUGUCGGUAAAUCCGAAAAACCGCAAAACGAAAACAAAGCGCCAUCCCCUUAUGAAUCUGAGGAUAAUAUUCAGGCGUUUAAAAAGGCUAUCAUUGAUAAUCUAGAUAUUCUUCAUUUCGUAAUGAAGGAGUUGAAAAUGAAAAACUGCCAACCUGUAUAUGUAUAUUGCUGUAUUGAUGGCAAGGCAGACGACGAAUUUAUCGGUGCUUUAAUACAGAAGGGUAUAAUAAGAGGCGAUCCACCGCCUUGGUUUUGGGCUACGGAUGAAGUCAAACGCUGUGUCAUUAACCCAGACUUGUGCUUAGCCUUGUUCCCCGAAACGACACCUGGCCGUUAUUUAAUCAAAGAAUUUAAAAUGAAAAACUGCUAUAAAAAAUACACAGAGUCGAAAAUCCCGUUUUAUAUGUUCUAUAAGAAGUUGUUUUGAAUAUAAAUCACAUCAAAUCACCAUAAUCUUCACACAUUUUAUCUCCACACAGGCCCCGAAUGCGGCAAAAUAACAACAAAAAACACUCCUAAUUUAUAGAAUAAAUCAUUGAAUUACUUCA